UACAGCUAACUAGCUCCUGUAGCAACUUGAGAAGAGCCUUGUCAAAAUUAUCCGUGAUUCAAAACAAUCUACUCACUUUUAUGGGAAUCACAGAACGGGCUGCAUCGUGCCUAUGAAAAGGUGGAGUUUAUGAGCACGUAAAUACGGUAUACAGUGAGUCCCUCCUAACCCUGGCUUCCACACUGUGACCCUCUGAGACGUAGACGGGCCCCUCAAAGCAAGGGCCCAGAGCUUUUUUUUAAGCAUCACUCCUCCUUCACCUGAGCAAGCUUGGACAUCAUUUGAGAAGACAUGUCCUCCAUCUUGCCGUUCACCCCUCCAGUCGUGAAGAGGCUGCUGGGGUGGAAGAAGAUGUCCAGCGGCCCGGGCGGAGCUGGUGGAGGGGAGCAGAAUGGUCAGGAGGACAAAUGGUGUGAGAAGGCCGUCAAGAUCCUGGUGAAGAAGCUGAAGAAGACGGGACAGCUGGACGAACUGGAGAAGGCCAUUGCCACGCAGAACUGCAACACCAAAUGUGUCACCAUUCCCAGUAAUUGCUCUGAAAUAUGGGGCCUGAGCACACCAAAUACGAUAGAGCAGUGGGACACGUCAGGCUUGUACAGCUACCCUGACCAAACCAGAUCCCUAGAUGGACUUCUCCAGGUGUCCCACAGAAAGACCCCUCCUCAUGUGAUCUACUGCCGUCUGUGGAGGUGGCCUGACCUGCACAGUCACCACGAGCUCAGGGCCAUCGAGGCCUGUGAGUACUCCUUCCACCUGAAGAAAGAUGAGGUUUGCAUCAACCCUUACCACUACCAGAGGGUGGAGACCCCAGUGCUGCCUGCUGUUCUAGUGCCCAGGCACCAGGCAGAGAUCCUGACUGAGCGCCCCCCUCUGGACGACUACACUCACUCCAUCCCUGAGAACACAAAUUUCCCCGCAGGAAUUGAACCCCCGAGCAACUACAUACCAGAAACGCCUCCCCCCGGAUACAUCAGUGAGGAUGGAGAGGCCAGUGAUCAGCAGAUGAAUCAAAGUAUGGACACAGGUUCUCCAGCAGAACUGUCCCCAAGCACUCUUUCUCCUGUCAAUCAUAGCAUGGACCUCCAGCCGGUGACCUACUCGGAGCCGGCUUUCUGGUGUUCGAUAGCAUACUACGAGCUGAACCAGCGCGUGGGGGAGACGUUCCACGCCUCGCAGCCCUCGCUCACCGUGGACGGCUUCACGGACCCCUCCAACUCUGAGCGCUUCUGUCUGGGCCUUCUCUCCAAUGUCAACAGGAACGCCACGGUGGAGAUGACCAGGAGACACAUAGGAAGAGGUGUUAGGCUUUACUACAUUGGAGGAGAGGUGUUUGCAGAGUGCCUGAGUGAUAGCGCCAUCUUUGUCCAAAGUCCAAACUGCAACCAGCGGUACGGUUGGCAUCCAGCAACAGUGUGUAAAAUACCUCCAGGCUGUAAUCUGAAAAUCUUCAACAACCAGGAGUUUGCAGCUCUUCUGGCUCAGUCGGUGAAUCAGGGCUUCGAGGCGGUGUACCAGCUGACCAGGAUGUGCACCAUUCGCAUGAGUUUUGUCAAAGGCUGGGGAGCAGAGUACAGGCGGCAGACGGUCACAAGCACUCCAUGUUGGAUCGAGCUUCACUUAAAUGGCCCUCUGCAGUGGCUGGACAAGGUUCUGACCCAGAUGGGCACCCCGUCUGGCCUCUGCACCAGUAUGUCCUAAACAGCUACGGAAACACCCAAAAACGCAGCCUGAUACAAAGAUUUUACCAAUUCUUAAAGGGACAGUACAGUAUUUUGUGUUUUUUAUGAUACAUUAUUGUCCUAAUCUGGACGGAGCUAUUGUUUCCCACACUGAAACUGGCUUUCUUGGUUUGGAGAAGCAGUCCGGAGCAGAGAUGCAAAGCCAAAACAGUGCUAUUAAGCGUGUUUAAAAACUUGAGCUUUCCCAAGUCCCAUUUUAAAACUUCACUGUGUAGCUUUUCUUCCUCCAUUAAGAUGUUAUUGGUUUGCCUCUAUAUGCCUUUUAACUUGUCUAUCACCAUGGAGACAAGCAUGCUGCUAUCAGGCCAAAUUACAAGUCAGAUCUGUGUAGAAGUGGCUGUCUUUACAGUUACAAUGCAUGUUUGUCUAGGUAUUUUUUGACAAUAAACCCACCUGUACUGGAAUAAAUGAAAUGGGUAAGUUUAAUGGCAUACUGAGGAACAUUCCAAACAAAGCAGUAACAUCUCCAUGGAGAUUAACAAGUGGCGGACUGUGCCCCAGAAAAGUUACAUAGUGGAGCUUUACAUGUAAUGCCCAUAGAGGAUAUUAACGUUUUUUAACAUAGGAAGGCGUGCAAGUUUAAAAUAUGAUGUAUAGAAUUUCAUAUAGAAUCUUUUAAGGGCCCGUUUACUAUAGAUGAAUUUUAAAUUGUACUAAAAAUCAAGUAAAGUUUUUAUUUACCAUAAAGAUUAUACUGGGAUUACAUCAAUUAUGAACUAAGGCUAAAACAGUUCAAAUUUAAAGAUUAAAUUGUGAACAUAUGCUCUUCUUACCACUGAUGCAAAAAACAUUUAGUAUUUUGCAUUACUCCUGUCAUUAAGGAAAAUAACAAUGGGAAUGUAUUAGAUGGUAUAUCAGUUAUAGGUCUGAUAUCGAAAAUGUUGCCGAUAUUUGGCACCAAUAUUUUUUUCUGCUCUUUCCUAUUAUCUGUGUGCUCAUGUGUUAUACCCUGUUAGACCUCUGUGCACUGGAUCUGUCUUUUUGAGCAGACUAAAUAAGAGAAAAUUUGAAUUAAAUACCAGAUAAAUGUAUUAUUAUUUUUACAAAAGCAUUCAUUUAUAAACUUCACUGUAAGUUAACAUAAAUUUGGUCUGUUACUCGCCUUAUUCCGGAAGUUCCAGGGCGCCGCCAUCAUGAUUCGGUUUGUAUUAUUUUGUAUCUUAACAAUAAAUAAGUUCUGUACAGACGAUAAAAGCGUUUUAAAGCCCCUCAAAGAAUCAGUACAGUGUGAUUUGUCGGUGCACAUAAAAACUGAACAACCGACUUUAUGCCAUGACAUGAAUGGGAUCCCUGAUUAACCGGAAGUUCCACCACAAAAAAGCGCACCUUAUUUGUGGUGGCGGAAUAAGGUGGAUAGAUUUUAAAAGCUUAAUAUCAGUUUUGGUGAAUAUCUGUGCUCGGCCACGAUAGCAAAACAAAUACUGAAUAUUGGUAUCUGCAAAAAAGAAAAAAAAUCCAUAGCUGACCAUGCCUUGAACUAAAUUGGCAGUGCUAACACUCCUAUCUGCUCCUCCAAACUUUUUAAACUGUUGCAAACUAAAACGAAGCUAGCUAUCUCAAUGCAUAUCAAAAAAGCGUAAAAUACUGGACUGACUCUUUUUAAACUGCGAGUCCUUUCUUUGGAAAUCAUGUCAACCCAAGAAUCCUGUAAAAUAAGACAAUAGUGUGUGUGGCCUGGCUCCACAUCCCUCUUUUAACAAAGUUACGAAAAAUAAAAAUCACUUCUUUUGCACUCAAACUCAAACGAAACAAAACAAAAGAACACAUUUUAGAAUUUGGCACUUUCUUACCCCUUUUAUGUCAUGCACCUUGUUCAAAUGGCUCUCCCCCUUCUCCAAAAAUCUUUUAAUAUUAUCUCUAUUUGAGGUACAGAUGAAAUGUAUAUGCGUUUUGGUAACACUUUAGUUUAGGGGCCACAUAUUAAUUGCUAAUGAAGUGGUAAAUGGUAUGCUAAUUAGUAGGGAUAGGACGAGAUGAAAUUGCCACAAGAUGAGACCAGAUAUGAGAUUGGGUCCAUGAGAAUGAGACAUGACGAGAUUUUAACAUACCGUAUUUUCUUAACUAUAAGUCGCUCCGGAGUAUAAGUUGCACCAGCCAAAAAAUGCGCAAUGAAGAGGAAAAAAACAUGUAAAUCGCACUUUUUGGGGAAAUGUAUUUUAUAAAAUCAGAGACCAGGAACCGACAUUUCACCUUGAAAGGCAAGUUCUAGUAAUAACAAUAAAACAGAAAACAACAGACUGAAUAGGCAGUAAUAUGUUAAUGUAACAUAUUAACAGUUAUUCAUAUAAUUAUAGCAUAAUCAACAUAAAAUAAGUUUACCAAACUCACGAUCUCACUCCAAAUCACUAAAUCCAUUCAGUUCGAAAAAUACGGUAAUGAAUUCUAAUAUACAUUUCAUAAUUUUGGCCUCACAGUUUUGUAUUUAUUUGAUUUCAUAUUUUUGUUUCCAUUCUACUUCCGCUUUCUGAAACUAUAAAAGAUCACGUGAACCUUUCUCAUCCAAUCCAAAUAUAAACACAUGGAAAAAAUCUCACGAGAUAAUUUUUCUCAUGUGUGCACAAUUUUGUGGCAAUUUUGUCUCUCGAGAUCUUGUUGCAUGAGAUCUUGUACCAUCUCUAGUAAUUAGCUGUUACUUAGCUGUUAGUUGGUAUUUAUCAAACACUUAUUAAUGCUUAUAAAGAUUUCAGUGUAUGUACAGAAACAUCUAUUGUAAUCCCCACUACUUUAAUGGGAAGAAAGUAGUUAUUGGUUUACUACUAAAAUACGGCCUUAAGACGGAAAUGCAUGGAAAGUACUUUAUAAAUACUAACAAAGAUGUAAUUAAGCACUUAUAAUACAUUUUACUAUUAACUAGCGAUUAAUAGGGAUGGGACGAGACACAAGUUCUUACAAGACGAGACAUGACAAGAGAUUUGGCUCCCGAAAACGAGACAAGACGAGCUUUUGAGAUAAUUUUUAGUAAACGAAUUGUGCCAUUCAGUUCACAGUUUUGACUUCACAAUAUUUCAUUUUAGUUUUGCUGUCAUUGUAGCACUGCUUUUUGGAAUUGCAGCUUCUCGAGACGAGUUACUCGGCAAAGUUAAUCCCCUUUUUAUCCACGGUAAAUGUAAAAAUAUGAGGAAAAAAUUCUCAGGAGAUCGUUUUCCUCAUGUGUGCGUAGUCUUGUGGCAAUUUUGUCUCGAGAUCGUGUCCCAUCCCUAGCUAUUAAUAUUUGGUCCCGAAACUUAAGUGUUACCUUAAUUUUUAGUCCAAUAAUUAGGGGGAAUACCAAAAAUAUGUGAAUAGUUUCUCAGUCUUGAAGAUAGCUUGUAUGAGUAAAACAAGCUUAAAAACGAUAUGUUCUUUGCCCAACUUAACCAUUGUUGUUCUAGCUUUUGAGUUUUAGUUAAUUUUUAGAUAAUCUUUGCCCCAUAUUUUGUGUGUGAGGGAGUUAGCUUGAUGACGAUUGCCUUUGGUGGCCUUUUGAAAGAAUUACCACAAUGAUGUUUAUAUGAAAUUAGGUUGUGGAAAGGACUCUGUUUGUUUCUUUUUUUAUUUUUAUUUUUUCCUUUUUUUUGUUUUGAUUUCGCCAUUACGGCUUUUUUAAGAAACUUGUCGAAGUGUGUCGUUAUAGGACAUACAGCUUAAAUGGACAAAUAGGAAUGUUAGUUUAAGAAAUCAAAAAUCUUAAAUUGAAAUAAGACAAACUGAGCCUGGCUGCAGUUUAGUACUCUGUCAUUAUAUGGCACUAGUCACGACCUUCUAGUUUAGUUGAUUUGCAUCCCGGACGGAGAAAGCCUGGUUUGAAAACUUAAAGUGCAUUUGACAGAUUCAGAUAUAUUUCAAAUUAUGACUUGGUUUGGUAGGAUAGUUCCUGUGGUAAAUAUUUAUCAUAGUUUUACAUCAGUUAAGUGGCAGUUUGUGCAGAAACGUAGAAAACAAAAAGUUGGAAAAUACAGAAAGUAGAGGCUUUGGUGAAUGGUGAGACAAUUUAUGCAUUUUUCUGACUGCUGAUUUAAAGAUGUGCUGUGUAACUUUUUGGUUUGCGGCCUGUCACCUGCUUGUUUCUAUGGAUACGUCACUGCUCUGCCUGGAAUGUUGCACAGUAUGACAUUAAACGGCUUUACCUUACAUUUAUUCAAUUACAGGUGGAUUUAAAGCUCAAAAAUGCCUACAAAAAGUGUUCUCACUGUGAGCGGGGUUUCCUUUCCACAGAUCUGACCUGUAACUUGAUUUGGUUUAGUUUCCAUGGUGAUGGAAAGGUUUAAUACCAUACUGUGAAACAUUCCAGACGAAGCAAUAACAUCUCAAUUUGACGGACCCUCCACCAGAAAAGUUACACAAUGCACCUUUAGCAAAAUAAGUGUUGACAUUAAUUUUUAUUUGUCAUAUCAUAACUAUUGUUUAAUUUACACCAGGUUUAGCCCUUGGUUGUUAGGUAACUUAACUUCAACUUGCGUCACAUCUGCUGCUCAUGUCCAACUGGAAGUGAAAUUAUAUUAACUUCACCGAAAUUACAAAACCAGAAAAACUAGGCAAAUCUUAAAUGUAAUUAUUACUAUGUGAAAUGUGUAAUUUAACCUGUCAUAUGCACUUUAAAUCUUGAAUUAGCCUGGCUUUAGGAUGCGCUGGGCAGGGACCAGAAAGAUCAGCUCUUUUCUUUGACGACACUGGGGGGUGACGCAUUAGAGAUAUUGAAGGUAUCAACAAAUUCAUCUUGUUCUUAGCCUAUAUCCCCAUUGUUUUGCUACUUUUUGUAUUCUCAUGUAUUUUUAUAUAUAAAUAUACUUAAAUACUUUCUGUCGUUCACUUUUUAUUAUUAAAAGUAAUAUUUUAAAAAAAGACCACAGCUGUUCUAAAAAGUGGAGGGCAAGGACCAUUCCUCGUUUCACCCGAUGGGUUCAGUUCCGUUCAUUUCACACGUUUUUUGUCUCUCUGUUUUUCAAAGAUAUCACUGCCCUGUACUGAGUGUGUGUAGCCUCCCUCUGCUUUGUUUUUCCAAAGAAUUACUGUGGAUUUUAAAGGAGAAGUUUGUCAUCUUGUGAACCUUUCACUAUAGGUUUUGCACUCAGCAUUGUAUUUGCUGUGAACCAAAGCUGUAAGAGUUUGAAGCUCAUUUACCUCAUUCAAGUACAAAUAAUUCAACCACUGGUAACCAACGUAAGCUAAAGGUGCUUUGUGCUUGUGGUCAGGCCCGUUGACAGAAAUUUGGGGGCCCAGGGCAAGAAGCCUCAAAUGGGCCUAAUAUAAAUGAAUAGGAAAAGGGUCCAGUUCUGGGCCCCUAAAAACCUUGUGGCCCGGGACAACACUCCCCUUUGUCCCCCGUUCCAUUUACUACCCUGCUUGUGGUUUAAAAAUCCAUAAAUUGUAAAUUGAUAGCUCCACUGUAUAGACACACUCAUAGCAAAACAUAUAAGACUCUGUACCUGAUUUUUACUGUCUUCUAAAGCCAAAGGUUUUUCCUCUCUUACCAUAUGCAUUCUGAGCUUUUUAAAUUAAAUUAUUCACCGCAAUAUGUUUCUAAGCACUUUUCACAACUUUGAGACCACAGUGUAAAGUAGAGCUCGGUGGUGGACAGAAUUUUCAGUCCCACUUCUGCCCGCACUCUCAAAGAUUUGUAAUUUUCAUUCCUGCUCCCACCUUCGUCUGCAAUAUUUUGUCCUGCUCCAGCCUGCAAAUCCCUCAAGAUAGAGACGUUCGCUUUCUUAAGCUCUAUCAAACAUGGAGAAGCAGAAGAUUGUCUUAAAUGUGCGCGAGAUUAGACUACAUCUGCAAGUUUAGGCUGCUUAAAAUGUUUUUAUUAAUGCUAAAUAAAAUAUCGAGCACAAAUGAGGUAUGGGCAAACCAUACGGAAACCAUAUCGGAAACGAUCUGCGUCCAUACACGUCGUUUCUGUGUCCAAAAUCCUUUCUUAUCCACACAGCUUUGAGCAUAUUUAAAACUGCAUGGCUAAUUUGCAUAAACGUCAUACAUCUGCAGGUCAUACACAUAGACCGUAUAUAUGAAUAUAUACUUGCCUUUUAGCGUUUUGGCGGUGAAUUAGCUACUUCGCGGUGCAUAGAACUACAUCAGCAUAUCAGCGUUUUCAGGUGUCCACACGGUACCAGAUCGUUCCGUCUCUGGAGUCGUUUUUUUGGAUUAGUGUGGACGAACACUGCAUCUGCAACGAAAACGAGUCAAAUACGUACUAGUGUGGACAGGGCCUUAGUUUGCGGGACUGCAGUUUAUCAUCCCGCCCGCACACUCCCACAUUGUGCAGUCCCACUCUUGCCCAUGCCACUGUUUUGCGUCGAGUCCCAUGGGAGGGCUGCGGGAGUGCAGGUCUCUCAUGUAAAGCUAACGGCUUAACAACUAGCAUGCUAUUGCGCAUUUCCUGAGUAUCGGAUGUUAAAAAAAGCUUUCUAAUUAGAUUACAAUUAGAAUUAGAAUUUUAUUACCAUAAAAGCUACUGGGGCAAGGCAAAUUUUUGUAAAAAAAAAAAAAAAAUCAGGUACACGUCCUUUUUAAACUUUCUUCUUAAAAUCAUAGAGAAAAUAAGUAUUAAAAUUGUAUUAGAAACAUUUUAACACUUACUUUAUUGGAACUUAUAAAACAACAAUUGAACCAGCUAUGUGUCUAUCCCCCUAACCAUAUGUAUUAAAUAUUAUUGGCCUAUAAAAUGUCCCAGCAAUAACCAAACUGAGAGCUAUUACCAGCUUUUUGUUAUUUCUACUGUAGACCCAUUUACAGAAAUCUCCAAAAAUUUAAGUUUAUUGUACAAAAUAUAAAUAUGCCACAGGAAGCACAUCGCACCUUAACUUUCUCAAAUUUCACCCAUUCAAUAAAACUGGACAAUUACACAAAAAUACUAUCGUCUCUUCAGACAUGCAUCAACUUCUCCUUUAAAGUGCCCAAACCAAGCAAUGUACCUGAAUCUCUUAAAGCUGUAGUGUGUAACUUUUCUGAUGGAGGGUCCGUCAAAUGCUUUUCUCCAUGGAGAUGUUAUUGCUUUGUCUUGAAUGUUUCACAGUAUUAAACUUGUUUAUUUUUGGAGACCAAACCAGACUAAGUUACAGGUCAGAUCAGUGGAAAGGCGACCCUACUCACAGUAAGAAUACCUGUUUUUCUAGGUAUUCUUGAGAUAUAAAACCACCUGUAAUUGAGUGAAUAUAAGGCAGAGCUGUUUAAUGUAACACUGUGGAACAUUCCAAGCAGAGCAAUGACAUAUCCAUAAAAGCAAACCGGUGACAGAUGGACUCCCCAACCAAAAAGCUACACAGUGCACCUUUUAACUCUAUCGUUAUUUGAUGCUUUUACGGAUCUUGUACUGUAGGCUCGUUUUAAAAAGGUGGCAACGAUUCCAUUCAUCUCUUUAUAUAGCGUUUAUUUUGAAGAACACGUGUGACCUCUAAGAGCAUUUUGGUGCUUAACUUUAGCGGGUUUAUAAGGUCAACUCUUGAACUAUUGGCUUUUUUUGUAACAUGGGAGUAAAACCACUUUUCUUCCAUGAAUAAUAAUAACUGAUAGAAAUGAAUGGUGAAUGUGCCUGAUCUGCACACAGGGACAUCAAGUAUUAAUGUUCGUAUUGUAUUUGUUCUGUCUAUAAAAUAACAGUAUGUACAACAAAGACUUAUUAUUCUAGCUUAAACUCUGCCAUCCUUGUCAUUACGUGGCUGUUUGAACAUGUCCCCGCGCUCCUAUUUUGAUGUAAAUGUUGUUUACUAUAAAUACUGGCACUAGCGAUUGUACUUAAAGUGCAACUAGUGAGGUUGGAUCUCGGGCGGGCGCUGCCACCUGUGGGCGGGGUCUAGUAUUACAUUGUUUCUAUCUUUGGCCUACUACAACAUAUGAAUGUGAAGUUUAAAAAAAUGCAUUACAAAAACUGACGUGGACCAGAUGUUCAUAUACAUAACAGUAGUACAGUAUGUGUGUAUUUAAUAGUUAUCUUUUGCAAAGCAGUCAGUACAGUAGAUGUUGCAGUUGUUUUACCAGUAGGGGGCGGUAUUGAUAGAGCAGUUCUUUUUUUUCUGACUAUAAGCUUCUCAGGCGUGUGGCAUAUUAUGCAGACUUCAUAAAACACUAAUAAAGAUUUUUAUUCUCA